AUGCACGCGCAGCAGCUUGGUCAUACAGGACGGUCGCGAGAACAAAUUUCAAGUCCGAUGUCACUAUGCGAGCACGAGACAUGCCUCGAGUACUUCCACAGACGCGUGUUGCGCGCACUACCACACACUUCCAGCUCUGAUCAAACCCCUCAUCUCGACGAUAUGUCAACACAUACCCAAGUCCAAAAACACACCACCUCCAACCCGUAUGAGUCCCAAUUCGGGUACUCCCGGGGGGUGCGCAAGGGACCGUUCAUCUUCAUCUCGGGUACAACCUCCAUCGACCCCACCACCGGCGUCCCCCUGCACCCCACCUCCGCGUACCUCCAAUCCAUCCAAAUCUUCCAAGAGAUAAUCCGUGCAGUCGAGGCUUUGGGUGGGAAGAAAGAAGACGUGGUGAGGGUGCGGAUGUUUGUUACGAGGGACGAGGAUACGGGGGAUGUGGGGAGGGCGUUGAAGGAGGUGUUUGGUGAUGUGGGCCCGGCUGCUACGAUGAUUGUUGGAGCGAGGUUUGUGAGGGAGGAGAUGAAGGUCGAGAUCGAGGCUGACGCUGUUGUUGAUCAUUAA